GGUUGGGGCUCCAAUCCUCGCUCCAUCUCCCGUUCGCCCAUUCCACCACCUCAUUGCCUCUUUACUUGCUUCCCUCUCAUCACAAACUCCCGCGUGCAACCCCAGUAUUCAUCAUGUCCCUUGGGUACACCACUGCUACGCCGGAGAUGAAGGCCUCUGUGGCCGAAAUGGUGGACAGGAUGAUGAAGCCCAAAGUUAAACCCGACGGCUUGUCCUUCACCAUGGGAUGGGAUGUGGUCGCCUCAUAUUCAGAAAAGCAGAUCAACGACUUGCUCCAAGUGCGCCAUCGGCAAUCAAACACUGGAAUGCUCCAAACCCUGAGUUUCACGUACCAGGAGGAAGACAUCCAGACGGAGGAGUACUUUGACAUCACGUACGACCUCCGGUUCGGGCCCCCGCUCGUGCAAUUUGAUGCCCACUCCCUCGGGCAGCCUAUGUGCACGCUCGAGAUGGAGAUUGUCGAAGGCGCGCAGACAGUGCCGACUCGGAAGCGAAACCCCGUCAGGCCCAUGCCCCCGGGCUGGAAGUUGAGGCUGCACGACAUCCCCUUGGCCAGCGUUCGAGGGCGCAUCUCGGAAGAGGGGGCCGCAGUGCACUCCGAUAUCAUCUCCAGCGACAGGCCCGUCCACUUCUCCAUGACGGAGAAAGAGACGCAGCACGUGGUCCUGGGCUUUCAGCUGGCCAACACCUCUUACAAACUCACUCUCGUGCCACCGGCCACCGGCGAGCCCUCGCCGAUGAUGAAGGCGCUGGAUCUCCCUCGCUUCGAGAAGUAUGUCAACAAAUAUUUUCAGGACGACGUCCAUGCUCUGAGCUACUCGAUCGCGAGCUUGAACAACGUCAAACGCGACGACAGUCCGAACCUGCAGCCGGUCAAGUUCCAGUUCGCCACCUUCAAGGACCACGAGCGGGGCAUCCUGUCUCUCUUCAUCCAGGUCAAGGGCGGGUUCGCCACGGGACGCACACAGGGGCUCCAAUCCCACUGGCAGAACCAGUGGGAGGACAAUGGGAUCCAGCCCAUCCCAAAGCGUUUCACGGCCAGCCUCCUCCUCUCCUCGAACAUGCUGCACCGGGUCUUGUUCCAGCAGGCGUUCAAGGGCCAGGGCUGGGAGGCUACGAACAUGUCCCCAACCAACGAAGCCGAGAACAGGAUAUCCGCCACCCUGAAGAAGCCGUGGACGGUCCCGGAGCAGAACUAUGAUUACGACAGAAAUUCCAAGUUCCACGUGGACGGCUUUACCCUGGAGCUCGAGAAGUGGCCCUUGACCCUGACCAUCCGGCAAGACGAGCCCAAGGGGAGUCCACAGGUGUACGCCCACUGGACGAUCGACCAAGACGUGGACUGGAAGGCCCACACCGGCAUCGUGCCCUUGGGCAGCGGCGUGAUCAAGGCCAAAUUCCGGUUGUGCGAUGAGCGCGAUCACAACCAACCGCGCAGGCUCGACUGCAAGAUCCGGCUCGACGACGAGUCUUUUGGCCUAGACAUGCAGCUGAACACCAAGGUCUUCCGCAUGGAUCAGGGCAAGGACCACAAGAGUGAAAUCGACUUUCUCACCUGGGAGCGCGGCAUGGCCGGGCUGUGGACCCAGUCGCCCAACGUCACCCUCAACAGCGUGGGCUUGGGCAUCCUGCGCGCCACCAACCUGUUGACCCCCGGCGGGAACUCCAUCGACUUCAACGAGGAGAUCGGAAUUAAAGCCCCUAAGGACUUUCUCCUGGUCGGGGAUGUGCUGGAGACCUAGGUGGUGCUAUGGUUGUAUUGAUGCCGCGGUUUUGUUUCUAUGAUGGAACUGUGAUCUACAAAGUUAAUGCUAUAUAAUGGCCAGAAGUGUGUACCUUCCGGCGAGAUCAGUAGACCAUACGCAUUGAGACAUGAUGAGGCAGAUCCCUGGAUGCUUUACACCACGCAGCAAGGGUUGUCUGGGUCUUCUAAUAACAACUCACACAUUACAAUACGCGACCCCUCCUUGAAUCCCUGAGGCAGACAGAAAAUAGAAUUGACCCUAUACCUCUCAUUAGGCCAAGUAUG